CAACCUCUGGUUCCUCCAUCGAAGAAAAAAAGCUUCAGACAAAACCAGAGAGAGUGUUACAAAAUGGCGGCUAAUUCAAUAUGUUCGUCUUUAUUAGUGCACUCCAUGGCGAACAAGAAGCCUUCACCUUCUGCAACAAGAACCAUAACUUCAAAGAAGGGCACAACAAGUGGACAGGUGAAGCUACUGACAAGAGUCGAGCAGCUCAAGCUUCUGACCAAAGCCGAAAAGGCUGGACUUUUGUCCUUAGCCGAGAAAUCAGGCUUCUCUCUAUCCACCAUCGAGCGUCUCGGACUGCUCACCAAAGCAGAGGAGUUCGGCGUUUUGUCCGCCGCUACUAACCCGGAAACGCCUGGAACGUUAUUCACCCUGAGCCUCGGUUUACUCCUCCUCGGACCGGCUUUCGUCUACUUGGUCCCUGAGGAUUACUCUUGGCAAGUCGUGGCUCAGCUCGUGGUGGCUCUCGUCUCUGUCCUCGGUGGCUCCGCUGCUUUCGCUGCUUCCGGUUUUGUCUCCAAUUUGCAGAAAUCUGAUUAAACCGGUUAUUUCGAUUUUUGUUAAACCGGUCGGGUUUUGUAUUUGAUCUAAAUUGCUUCAAGCUCAUUUCUAUGUUUAUGUAAAUGGUUAAGCCCGUUAUAUAAGGCCCACUAAUAAUAAGCCCAUGAAAUAUCAACCAAUC